CUAACUACUCACAGGGCUGCAUCCGGCAACGAUGUCUCGUCUAUUGUCGCGGACUUUGUAAACUCCCUCAGAGGCGGCGACCUCAGCAGCGGAUCAGAACCACAAAAGUCAUCAGACUCCUUCACAACUCUCCUCGAUCUCCUCUGGCCCUCGCAUACCAUCCCAACUGUCGAGAAGGGAUCCGAGACUCUCAUUGACGCCCUAUGCGCACAACUACCCACUACUCCAUUCCUCCUUGAAGCCGAUGUCGAGGAUGUCGAUCAAAUCGACCCCAACUCCGAGACUGCACAGAUGGCCAUCCAAACGCUCGACCAGGAGCAGAAAAUCGAUGUCUUGAAGCGCAUUCUGAGGGCGCCGCAACUUAGGGCAGCGCUGGGCAGUUUGACGGAAGCGCUACGAACUGGUGCAUUGCCGACUGUCAGCCAAGCGCUGAAAAUUGAUGUUGAGCAUGGGGGUUUUAUGAGGGGCGGUGCGAUGCCGUUGGGAGGCGGAGAGGCGGUCAAGGCGUUUUUGGAGGGAGUGAAGAAGACGGUCGAGAAUGAGGAUGAUGAAGAUGUGGAGGACGAGAUGGAUACGAACUGA